AUGACGACACAGAGUUCAGAGAAAAGUGACGACAAGAAAACAAAAAAGAAGAUUGGUGAUGCUUACAAUUUUGCCAAAGGUUUCUUCGACAAAGCUGAGCGUAUGAAAGCCUUGGAGACGACCGAGAAAACGAUUUCUGAUCAAGGGACGAACAAACUCUGUUCUCGUCACCACCACCUGCAAGGUGAUAUCUUCUUUGAGCUUGUGAGAGAAACAGAUYCCACUGACAUGAAAUGCGUAUACUUGUUUGCUUCUAUUGAUUCUUACUCAACCUCUACUCUUCGGUGUCUUGAAGCUGUAAGCUCCUUUUAUGGUUGUGCUCGUUCAUUAAUCGAGCUGGGUGAUCAGCUUGGGAUUAGCAAGUUUAUGAGAAAGCUGUGUCCAAGGCAAACCGAGGAUUGUCCAUAA